AGAACAAAACCAUUUCCUUCCCUGGGUGUGUCAUGCAAAUGUAUUUCUUUUUCUUUUUUGGAAGUUCUGAGUGUUUUCUCCUGGCUUCCAUGGCUUAUGACCGCUAUAUAGCCAUAUGCAGCCCUUUGCACUAUACAGUAAUUAUGAAAAAGAGGUUUUGCAUCCAUCUGGCCCUGUUCUCCUGGUGCUCAGGAGUUCCAGUGGGGACAGUUCAGACAACAUGGCUAUUUAGUUUUCCAUUCUGUGGUCCCAAUAAGGUCAAUCAUUUUUUUUGUGAUGGUCCACCAGUGUUAAAACUAGUCUGUGCAGACACUUAUCUGUUUGAGCUGUAUGCUCUCACAGGAACUAUUGUAAUUGUACUAUCCCCAUUUAUCCUAAUCUUGGUCUCUUAUGUUCAUAUCAUCACUACGAUCUUACGAAUGCCAUCAGCCGAAGGCAGACACAAAGCCUUUUCCACUUGCUCUUCACAUCUUGUUGUGGUGACUUUGUUCUACGGCACAGCUGGGUUAACUUAUUUCCGACCCAAAUCCAGUUAUUCUCCAAACACCCAAAAGCUGUUGUCCUUAUCGUACACA